GUUGGAGCAUUGUCACUGAAAAGUGAUGUAAUGUAGCUAAAUUUCGUGUCGAAAAUGUCAUUUUCUUUGGCUUCCACCGGUUUUGAAGGCUUUACACAGAUAUUUAGUCUAUCAUUUUCCGCAUGGUUUCUACUUCUUGCUUCUUUUUUUAUCGCAUGCUUGGCACAUUUCUUACUCACGAGUUUCGUGAUGAUGCGCAAGUCUCAAAUUGCCAUAAAGAAUUUCGAAGGACCUCCAUCUCACUGGCUCAAAGGACAUACUCAUCGAGCAACCUUUGAUGGUAAUGGUUUGAAAUUCCAUGUAGAAUGUGCUACAAAAUAUAAGACAGCCUACCCACUGUGGUUUGGCCCCCUGCGAUCAGCACUUGUCCUUUGUCACCCAAACUCUAUCAAGACUGUCCUAUCCAGUCAUACCCCAAAGGAGGAAUUUGUGUACAGUCUAGUUGUACCGUUCACUGGAAACAGUCUCACCAUCGUGAAUGGAAAACAAUGGCAGCAAAUGAGGAAGCUUUUGACUCCAGCUUUUCAUGCAGAAAUCUUGAAGCAAUACACAAAAAUAUUCCAAGAGUCCACCAAAACCUUAUUGGAUAAAUGGUCUCAGAAUCCACUCAAAAUGGAAUGCUUUCGUGACAUAGGCUUAAUGGCUCUUGAUUCUACGCUGAAGUGCACCUUUAGUUUUCAUAGUAACUGUCAAACAAAUGUGACACAAGAUACAUUUACAAGAAGUGUCACUGAAAUUUCCAAAGCCCUCAUCAAAAGGCUGAU